UCCUAAGACCUUUAUAUUAGGGUUUCUCAAGGGAUCCAAAGUAAUCAAACUAUCUUACACACAACACAAUAACCGCAAUAUGGUUUCCAAAAGACAAGCAUUGACCCUUUUCUUAGUCUUAACAACAUCCCCCUUCACUAUAUCAUCAUCAAAUGGUGGCAAUAUGGUUGUCUAUUGGGGUCAAAACAUAGAAGAAAGCACUUUGAAAUCAACUUGUGACACUGGUUUUUACAAGAUUGUACUCUUAUCAUUCCUCAAUAUCUUUCAAGAAGGAAGAAGAAUCCCAAAGUUAAACUUCAUAGGUCAUUGCAAUGACAAAAACCCUUGCACAAAUCUUGAACCUGAAAUAAUUCAUUGUCAACAAAAAGGUGUGAAAGUUUUUCUUUCCCUUGGAGGUGCCUAUGAAAAUGAAACCUACUCUCUUGGUUCAUUAGAGGAUGCUAAAAAUGUAGCUAAUUAUCUAUUUACUAACUUCCUUAAUGGUCAAUUUGGUCCACUUGGAAGUGUUACUUUAAAUGGUAUUAGUUUGGAUAUUCAAGGAGGUUCAGAUCAAUGGGAGUUCUUUGCUAAGUAUCUUCUCUACGUACGACAAAAUUACAGGUACUUUUAUAUAGCUGUUGCAUCCCAAUGUAUUAUUCCAGAUCAAUACCUUGACAAAGCUAUCAAAUCUGGCUCUUUUGAUUAUGCAAUUGUUAAAUUCUACAAUAACCCUAAUUGUCAAUAUGAUCAAACAAACUUCAAUGAUACAUUGCUCACACGAUCAUGGAAUUCUUGGACAUGGUUAGUUCAACUAGAUAAUAAUGUUUUCAUGGGACUUCUAGGAUCAGCUACUGCAGCUCCUAGUAGUGGUUACAUACCACAAGAUUAUUAUCACCUUUCUAAUGUUCUUCCUCACAUUAUACAAUCUUAUAACUAUGGAGGAAUUGUGAUUUGGGAUAGGUUUCAUGAUGAUGAAAAUAGUUACGACAAACAAAUAGAAGAGCAUGUUAAACGGCAUGCUCUUCAAUUUGUGACGCAAGUUUUCAAGGCAAUAGAAAGGUUUGUCUCGGCAUCUUUGAACGUCAUGUUUCUGAAUUAAAUUAGCUUUGUUAUCAUCCAAACCUAAGGAUCGUGAUCUUUAACCCAUUUUUAGCUGCAGAAGUUGUGUUAGUUUUCUGUGGUUUUUGCUAAGCGCUGAUGGGUUUAUUUGUUUGCUCAACAUUUCUUUGAGUUUGCCUUAAUGUACCACCUUUUGGUUGGGUUUGCUAUUUAGGGAGGGUGGUGUUUGUACUUCGGUUGUGGAGUGAAACAUUGUGUUUGUGUAAUGGUUCUACUUAAUUGGAAUGAAAAUGUGAAUAAGAUUUCAUUGAUUCACUCAA